AUGCCGACCCUGGACGAGGGCGGCCUGGCAGUCCGGCAACUGGGAGGCAACCCCAAUCGCGGGCUCCAGAUUCCCGGCGCCAUACCGGACCGCCAGCAACGUCCAACACGUCGGACGCUUCAAGCACGUCCGCCGGAGCCGCCCCGGUUGGGGGGUCCGGCCCCCAGCCAGUACCAGCAGCAGCCGGACUCAGUGGUCCAGAACCAGAGGCUGCCACACCCCCAAGGCCUGAGCCCAUCCCGGAGGAGGAGGCCGCCAAAAGCAGCAGCAGCACCGGACGCCGAGCUGGAGCCUCCUCCAGCUGAACCAGCGGCGGCAGCACCGGAGGAGGCGGCACCGGAGGCAGCAGCGGCGCCGGAGGUGGCAGAAGUCGCCAGCACCACCACUCCACCUACGCAGGAGGAGGAGCUGGAGGUGGUACUGGGGAGGCGUCUUCUUCCAAGUCCAGCAGAGGUCCCGCUCCCCCGCCUUUUUACCAAAAGCCUGCAGGUUCAUGAGGAACUGGAGGCAGGGAUCCGGCGGGAGUGGGAGAGGCUGGAGGCGGAGCGCCACCGGCUCCUCGACUGGGAGCAGCGCCUGGGGGACCGCGUCAAAUCCGUCACCGCCCUCUACGCCGAUGAGCGUGCCAAGCUCGUGCUGGAGCGCGAGCUCCUGCAGGAGCAACUACAGCAGGCUCUCAACCGGGAGGCGGCAACGGCCCAAUGGGAGAGAGCGGCCGCACGGCAGGAGACGCGUGCCCUCGAGCGGGGGCUCCUGGCGGAGACGAGGGUGCAGGCGGCGGCGGUGAGGGAGCAGACCGCCCUGGAGCUGGCCACCGAGGCCAAGAAGGUGGUGGAGAUGACCGCGGCGCAGGAGGCCACUCUUGCAGAACUGGCGGCAGCCGCGGCAAAGAGGGAAGAAAGGCUUGCCGCCCGCGAAGCAGAGGAGGUGGCCCGGCUUGAGGAGCUCCAGGAGCGGGAGGCGGCCGUGGAGAAGGAGUUGGCGGCCGGGACCCGGAGGCUCCGGGAGCUCGAAGCGGCCCUCCAGGAGAGGGAGGCGAAGGUGGAGGAGUUCCAGGCGGAACGGAGCGCCAGCAUCGGCUGCAUCGUUAGGUGGGCUGGUGAGGUGAACUCCUCCCUGGAAGCUCUCGGUGCAAACCCCAUCUGGGUGGUGGAGGCUCCUUCAUCACUUAACAUCGCCCUCCAGGUGCUGGACUCUACCACCGAGCAGCUACAAGGCCUGGAGUCCGGCAUGCUCGACCUCCUGGAGAUGGAAGGGAGAGCAGUUGCUCGGGGGACAGCUGAGUACAUCCUUACCAGCUUCCGGAGCCACGACCCCGCCAUCCAGCUAACUCCCGUCCUGGUUGGCCCUAUUCGGGCGACAGCGGCCGCCGCGAAGGAGGGCGUGCAGGAGGUGGAUGUCACACCCGAUUUAUAA